ACGACGGCUCCAACUUUUUGCCGCCUCAAUUUGUCGUCGCCACUCGCGAGAUUCGAUUCGUUGGUCCCGAAAAGCGCGUCCCCAAAAUAGAUAACUUCAUACUUCGUCUCCCGUUUUCCCGAAGAAGAAAAGCGCGUUGCUGGCUUAAAUUAUCUACUUCAACUCGUGCGUUUUUUUUAUUUAUUUUUGAAGUGUGUUAAUUCGAUUUGGGGCCAUCAAAAAAAAAGUGCUGAGAGUGCUGGGGGCACACGAAACGCUGCACCUGUCUCACCUGAGCGCCUCAAGCCACAAAAGUGUAAAGUGCAGCGCGACUAUUUCUCUGCCGUUUAUUAUUUUUGUUGCUUCGAGAUCGGAGAUUCAGCAAGAAUUCUGCGAGCGUGUGUGAGUGUUGUUAGUUUUUAUUGCCGCCGCGCUCUAAUUGCCAGGUUUCGAGUGGAGAAUUCUUCAGCCGCUUCUCCCACUUCUUUGGACGCCCGCACCGCAAAUGAGCUGCCUCUGAAGAAGCGCCAGUAAGAUGAUGACGAUGACAGCAGCCGCGGCAGCCUCCAUGUCCGCCUCCGCAUCCGCUAGCGGGUCGAUAGGGAACUCGGCAUCGACGGACUGCAGCAGCAGCAUGCAGGGAUCGACGACCAGCUCGGCGUCCAGCGACGUGAUGACCUUGACGACCACGGCGGCCUCCUCGUGGUGUGCCAUCCCGACCAGCUCCCGCCUCCGGGUGCUCCGCCUGGUGAGGCCGCACCAGCGCCGGCUCCUCGUGGGCGGACCGGAGCGGGGCAGCACCUACGGGUUCGCGGUGCGCGGGGGACGGGAGCACGGCACCGGGUUCUUCGUCUCCCACGUGGAGCACGGCGGCGAGGCGCAGCUGAAGGGCCUGCGGAUUGGCGACCAGAUCUUGCGGAUCAAUGGCUUUCGCUUGGACGACGCCGUGCACAAGGAGUUCAUCCAGCUGGUUUCUGGCCAGGAUCGGGUCACCCUGAAAGUGCGGGGCGUGGGGAUGCUGCCCUGCAGAGACCAAGCGGAGGAGCGCUUGUCGUGGAGCGUGGUGAAGCUGCCCAGCGUGAGCGGCACUCCGUCGGAGAGUUCCUUCAAGGGCGACCGACGUGGCGCCAGUCGGGACAUCAGCGUGGUCCUCCACGUGGCGCCCAGGACGAAGCUCGGACUGGGCAUCUGCAAGGGUCCCGAGUGGAAGCCGGGCAUCUUCGUGCAGUUCACCAAGGAGCGCAGCGUGGCCCGCGAGGCGGGACUCCGCCCUGGCGACCAGAUCCUCAGCGUCAACAGCAUCGACUUCUCGGACGUCCUCUUCAGCGAGGCGGUGGCCGUGAUGAAGAGCAGCAGCAAGCUGGACAUGGUGGUGCGCACGGCGGCCGGCUGCGACCUCUUCCCGGGCGAGUCCAGUGGCUACAACAGCUCCGCCAGCUCGGUAACGGGGGACCAGAGUCCCUGCUGGGCGGAUGCCAAGUCCAAGCGCCUCACGGCGGUCAGAGAGGAAGCCGGCGGAGGAGGAGGAGGCGGAGGCCUGAGCUCAGCUCCUGGAGCGGCAAGCACCAACUGGCCGCAGGGCGUCGAGGUGCACAAGCAGCUGAACAAGACCAUCAUCAAGCUGACGGAGAACGGGACCUCCAUCAACAACACGUACAUAGCCAGCAGCAGUACCGUUUCCGGUUCCGGUUCCUCCGCCAGCGCCAGUGGAACUUCCGGUCGCAGCCAGCAGCAACCGCAAGCGAAUCAUCCUUCGCGCCACUCAACCACGAUGAAGCGCAGCCACCUGAAGUCUGGGAAUACGCCGGGUUCCAGGGGAUCGGAAUCCGCAGGAUCUGGAUCUGUCGGGGGAGUUGUCGCUGCGCCGGCUCCCCCGCCACCGGCGAUCCUUGAGGAGGCUGCUGCCAGUAGAUCAGUGGGCAGCAGUCUAUCGAGUGCCAUAACCGAGGAGCUGAAGAAGCGGAAGGAGAAGCAGCAGCAGCAGCAGCAGCAACAACAGCAGCAGCAGCAGCCCAACAAUCGCGAUCGAGAUAGAGAUCGGGAUGGAAACCCAAAUGGACACGAAAGCGGGGAGCGUCACAAUGGAAACGGAGGCCACAGCCGCAGCUCCGGCGGCCCAGUGUCGCAUCGCCAGAGAGCCAAUCUUGCUGGCGUGGCUGCCACUCUGCAGGGCAGCGAACGCAUCAGCAAUGCGGGGGGAGGAGCAGGCGGCUCGGGCGGAUCGGGCGGCUCUGGUGGAGAUCAGCACACGGCGCUGAUGGACGAAUUCAAGCGGGCCCAUCAGCGAAUGUUCAGGAACGGGUUCCAUGAGAGCGAGCACAAGGAGCGUGGUGAAACGCUGAAGCGCACCUCGAUCAUGCCUGAUGAGAGCUGCUACCGAAACAGUAUCAACCACAACGGCAAUGGCAAUGGCAAUGGCAAUGGCCUCGCCAGCAACAGGAGCAGCAACUCCAGCCACACGAGCCACCUCAGUGGCAGCAAUCGACUGCAGCCCCAAAACGGAUCGCAUCCGACGAACGGCAACGGAUCCUCAGCAACGGAGCUUCCGCCGCCGCCACCACAGUUCGCCAACAUCCAGGCGGGCCAAGUGACGCCUCAGCAGCUCAAGCUGAUCACGGGAAACGGAGCUCCAAACAGAGUCGCAAGUGGAAGUGGAGUGCGGAUUGGACUAGGCAAUGGCAGCUUGGCCAAGGUCAAGCAGCCGAUGUCGCCCGUGCGCAGUGCCAGCAUCAGUGUGGGCGGAUUCCGGCCACUAGCCACGCCCCAACCCGACUACGAUGCUGUCCAGCUGAGAUCGCCCGCUGGCACAGGAUCCGCGCCAGGAGGAGCAGCCACGAGUCAGCAGCAGAGGCGCACCCUGCGACUGGGCACGGUGACCAUCGGGGAGUACGGGGAUCACAGGACGACAGCCAAGCGGGAAACACUGCGGAAAACCAACGGCGAGGGCAGCUCCAAUGGGAUUCUGAAGAACGGAUCCAGCCGGAGCAGCGCCAGCUUAAAUCACGGCAACUCCCACCAGGCAGAGAAAUCCAUUAAGUUCGGCAACUGAUCGACCCGGACUGACCCGGUCAUAUAGUUUUGUGCAAUAUGCUCGAAGAUUAAGAAGGGAGAUCAAUCCAUAGGGAGAGUACAAACAAUCGGACGUGCAGCGGCUUUCCAUACGCAUAUAUACUUACCAUACUAUAUCCAUUACAUAUACAUGUAUAAUUUUUUUUGCUUACACCUAGCUUAGCUGUUUAUUUUUGCGAUUUGUUGGAAAUAAUGUACCUCUUGUUGCUAUUAUUUAACAAUCACUGUAAAUAACUCACAAACAAGUGCGUGUGUGUUUCCAAUACAGCAUAUAAUACCUUAUUCCCCGACUCUAAAAAUAUAAAUAAAUGUCUGUACAUCUAAA